UGGCAGGUGACAAUGGCAAGAGCUGCCAUGGUGAAGGCUGCCAUGGCGAAGGCUGCCACAGCAGCCCUGGUGACCACAGCCAUUCGUGUGGAACAUGGGCAGCCAGGGGACAGCACCGGCCACUGGAUGGGCCAGAGCAGGGGCAAGCUCCCGGGCAAUUCAGCUGCCCCAUUUCCAGUUCAAGGUGAUGCUGAAGAAACGCAAACACCAGCAAGAGAGGCUCGGCCCGGGAACGUACAACAUCAGGGAUUUCCUGCAGGAGACACAGCCCUCAAGCCUGAGGGGCAUCUGUGACACAAGAGAGCAGAGGUUCAGAGAAAGCCGGCGGGACUGCUUCCCUGGGCCUGGCACCUACGGCCCCCAGGGGAACCCGUACACUCUCCUGGAGGAGAGGGACAAGCGCUCCGCCAGCACGCGAGGGCUGAUGGACAGCAGGGUGGAGAAGUGCAUCUUCCAGGCAGCCAUGGGCAGUGGCUUGGGACCCGGCACCUACUCCCCAUGGAGCAGCACCGAGGAGCGGCUGCGACGGGCGGGCGGGCGCAUCCCCUGCCAGGUCUUCUCGGGGGACAAGCUGAAGCCUGCAGGCAGCCGGUGGCACAAUGGGGAGCAGGGGGAAGGGACCGAGCUGCAGGCUAGCACUGCCAAGGGAUUCCUGGACGAGCUGAUGUCGAAGGAGAACAAGAAGAAAGGCUGCUUCAGCACACUGCCACGGAACCCGGGCUGCCCCACGGAGAGGAUCUUCUGGGCCACGCUCAGCCAGUGCCCGAGGGACGCGUAUGUGGUGGGGCCAGGCUCAUACGAUCCGAAGCCGGCUGAGAGAUCAGCAGACUUCAACCAGCCCCCGUUCUGGUCAUCUGCCAAGAGGUUUGACAGAAAGUCUGAACGCCUCUUCAUGGGGAAUGAACAACAUCAGCAGCGCAAUGAAGAGACAAUGGAGAAUCCCGUGGGCGUGGGCCGCUAUAAUGUCACCAAGCAUGAAAAAUACCCUCGGAAGAUCAGGUACCAGUCCCUGUACCAGAGUGACACGGAGCGGUACCUGAGCAACUUGAAGCGGGAUGCCUACCUGCUCGAGCGGCUGAAGCCUGUUGCGAAAAACAAAUGGAGCCAUUUGAUUUCUGCUCCACGUUGUCCAGAUACCUGUGAAGAAAGCACUGCUGUUUUCCACGUGUAAGAUGGUGCCGGAGAGCCUGAAUUGGCGAACAGACCACGGACAUGCCAGUAAAUGAGACAGAGUAGAUGCGGAUACUUGCAGUGUGCUGACGUGCGAGAGAUAGGAAACAAGUCUUGUUCUGUGGUAAUAAAGCACCCUUUAGACAUC